GUCAUUGGAGGCAACGGUGAUGGGAAGUGGAUCGAGCGCUGGAAAAUUGAGUGCCAUUCCCCUAUCUCGGUCCGAGGUGUUCGGAGAGCUGCGGAAGGAGCUGCAUGAUGACAAGGAGUUCCAUCAGUCCGACGCUCACAUUUUCAUCAUCAUGGGAGCAUCGGGGGAUCUAGCCAAAAAGAAAAUCUACCCAACUCUGUGGUGGUUGUUUAGAGAUGGUCUCCUCCCUGAACAGACUCACUUUGUGGGCUUUGCCCGCUCUGACCUGACGGUGGAUGCCAUCAAAACUGCCUCCAUGCCCUAUAUGAAGGUGGCAGACUCUGAGGCAGAGCGGUUGUCUGUGUUCUUCAGCCGUAACUCCUAUGUCAGUGGGAAGUACACUGAGGAGAGUGCCUUCUCCAACCUCCACACCCACCUGUUGUCCCUGCCCGGGGGGGGCAAGGCCAACCGCCUCUUCUACCUCGCCCUGCCGCCCAGCGUCUACCACGAUGUCACCAAGAACAUCAAGCACCACUGCAUGAGUACCAAGGGCUGGAGCAGAGUGAUUGUGGAGAAGCCAUUUGGUCGUGACCUGCAGAGCUCAGAGGAGCUGUCCACCCACCUCUCUUCCCUGUUCGCUGAGGACCAGAUCUACCGCAUAGACCACUACCUGGGCAAGGAGAUGGUGCAGAACCUCAUGGUCCUCAGGUUUGGGAACCGGAUAUUUGGGCCCAUCUGGAACAGGGACAGCAUAGCUUGUGUGGUCCUCACCUUCAAAGAACCCUUCGGCACCCAGGGCCGGGGCGGCUACUUUGACGAUUUUGGAAUCAUCCGGGAUGUCAUGCAGAACCACUUGCUCCAGAUGCUCUCGCUGGUUGCCAUGGAGAAGCCUGCCUCCACCAGCUCUGAUGAUGUCAGGGAUGAAAAGGUGAAGGUGCUGAAGUGCAUUGCCCCCAUUACCAUGUCAGAUGUGGUGUUGGGGCAGUAUGUGGGUGACCCAGAGGGAGAGGGGGAUGCCAAGCUGGGUUACCUUGAUGACCCCACUGUCCCCAAAGGCUCCACCCAGGCCACCUUCACCACAGCUGUGCUCUACGUGCACAACGAGCGCUGGGAUGGUGUUCCCUUCAUCCUGCGUUGCGGCAAAGCCCUGAACGAGAGGAAAGCGGAAGUGCGGUUGCAGUUCACGGAUGUUCCGGGGGACAUCUUUGGAGCGCAGUGUCGUAGGAAUGAGCUGGUGGUGCGUGUGCAGCCCAACGAGGCCGUCUACGCCAAGAUGAUGAGCAAGAAACCAGGAGUGUAUUUCCAUCCGGAGGAAACGGAGCUGGACCUCACCUACAAAAGCAGAUAUAAGGAUGUGAAGUUGCCCGACGCCUACGAGCGUCUCAUCCUGGACGUCUUCUGUGGCAGCCAGAUGCACUUUGUCAGAAGUGAUGAGCUGAGGGAAGCCUGGAGGAUCUUUACGCCUCUCCUUCAUCAGAUCGAGAGCGAGAAGCCUCCCCCCACCCCCUACAUAUAUGGAAGCCGGGGUCCAACAGAAGCAGAUGAGCUUUCAAAGAGGGUUGGUUUCCACUAUGAAGGAACAUACAAAUGGGUCAACCCCCACAGACUGUGAAACAGAAUGGCAGUAGAUGGGGAAGGGCCAGAGUGGGUUAAUGAGCAGCAAUACUUUGGUCUGAUGGAGUUAUUGCUCUUUCCUUUCCAGACCUGUCAGGGCAACAGUCAACAGAGAUUAGUAUAUAUAUGCAUGUAUGGAAAGGAAGCUAUGUAAAAGUAUAGGAACAUAGACUAGGUCUCAGCUACUACAUGAAUGCUCAUCAGGUCUUAACUAGUSAAGGGGGGGGGGGGGCACACUUAACCACUGGGGAUGAAGGGAGCGAGAGAAACACUAGCCAAAUUUCUGUUUCUCCCUCUUCUUCCUGAAGUGUGCACUCUUUUGGUUCUCUUCAUGGAUUCAAAAGCUGUGAUUGUGAUCUGAUUCUCUACCCUGACACUGCUUGUUUCCAACAUACUCCUCGCACCAGUCCGUUCCAUAAGGUGGAGUGUGUUCAAGUGCAAAAGAGUAGACAAUAGGACUGCAGCCAUUGAAUGGGUGCAAACAUGGGCUGGAAAGAUUUUCCACUGUCUUACACAUUGAGGGGUAGUGUAUGAAUACACACUUCAGGGAAAACGGUGUGAAACAGAAUUAGGCCAGAGUUGUGACAUUAGUAACCAUAACUAUCGAAAGUUGGACCUGGAGAUGGAGAACAAAAUGUAGAUAACCCGCUAAUGGUGGGAAUUACAAUGAAUAUCUACCACCCUCUGCUAUGACCACAUGUAUAAAUGGAUAUAACUGUAAUACUUUAUAAUGCUCUGCAGUUAUUGGUGUUUUUUUUUAAUGCAGAGGACAAUAUUUUCUGCAGGCAGUUUCUCCUCUCAAAUUUCUUAGAGCAACAUUGUACUAGAACAAAGCUUUAGUGUGCUGAAUUCUAAGAACUGAGUUCUCUCAUUCUCACUCUUUCAGUUACUUUGCUUUUUGUUGACAUUUUCUUACAUUUCCAGGCAUGGCCUAUUUUUAAGUUAAUGAUGUUCAUUUUGGAUAAGAGUUUAGAAAUGACAAGGUCGGUCACAGGGUCAACAUAAUGCUGUCUUUAUAAUGAUAUACUGUGUUAUAGACUGAACAUUCACGUGUUAAUUCCAGAACGUAUUUUGUAUUCAGUCUCCAUUGAUACAGGUAUUUUGUGUUUAAGGGGUUGGUCUCUAGAAGUAUCUGGCAUUCUUGUCACUUGACCAUAUGAUUUUUUUUUUCUGCUUUAGAAAAAUAAUAAUUAUGCUCAAUAAAUAGCUUUGCAUUACAAUUUUGCCAGUUUGUCUCAUGUAAAGAACAAAAAUGUAGCAUACAAUAUAGGGGGGGGGGUGUACUUGUUGACAGCCUUUUCAUGUGAAACUGGUCUGAAUUAUAUUGAAGUAAAGAGGUAUGUCUACAUCUUA